AUGUUAACAAAAACUCAAGAGCAAAUGAAUGAACUUUUACGUGAAUUAAAACUCGGUUGUGUAUUAGUCGAACAAAAAUAUGAUGGAACAAAAUGUUUUCGUCAUUAUUACUUACAUAAAAGUGAGCAAUUUGUAACAUAUCGUCAAACAAAUCGAACACUCCCAUCGCCAAUACGUUAUUAUAUAAAUCAAAUCGAUGAAAUACGCGUUGGGUUUAAAACACGAACAUUUGAUCGACUUAUUAAACAUAAACUUCUUAGACAAGAUGAUGAACAAUGCGCGUUUUCGAUAUUUUCGAAUAACUAUCGUGAUGAAAUCAAUCUUCUUGCAAAUGAUGAAGAAAUACGAAAUAUAUGGAUCGAAGGUCUUCAAUAUCUUAUAGAAAUUCAUUCUCAAAUUCAACAAAAUUAUCUUACUAAUGAAACAAAUUGGAUUUUGAAUUCUUUCUAUUCGAUUACAAAACAACGUUCAGAUUCAUUAUCAAAAGAUGAAUGUCGACAAUUAUUAAUUGAUACAUUCAAUACAAAAGUAUCUGAUGAAGAUUUUGAAAGAUUUUUUCAAAAAAUCGAUAAAAAUUCAUUAGUAAGUGAUGAAUUUCUCGAAUUAUUUCAUUCAAUUACACUUCGUCAUGAUCUUUAUAAAAUAAUGAAAAAAUAUGCGAAUAAUACGGAAAAUCAAACAAUUGAUUCGCUUUAUUUAACAGCAGAACAAUUAUUAGAAUUUCUUCAAAAAGAACAAAAUCAAUUUGUAUUAAAAACACGAAAAAAUGAUUCAAAAUGUGAUUUUACACUCGAAUCAAUCAAUACAAAUGAACAAGUCAAAGAAUUAAUUCAGCAAUUUGAAUCAAAUGAUCAAAUGAAAGAAAAUGGUCAUAUUAGUUUAAAAGGUUUUAGAGAUUUACUUCUAUCAGAUGACUUUACUCUUAUGAAACCAUGGUGUUCUCGUUUUGUUUAUCAAGAUAUGACAAGACCACUUAAUGAUUAUUAUAUCAAUACAUCAUAUAAUACGUAA